AUGAAAGAUUUGAGAUUCCCUCGUGUACGGACAGUUUUGUGGGACCGUUCUAAUCAAGGACCACCAAUCCACAUCCAUGUAUCAUCUUUUAGAAAGCCACAGGUUUGUGUCUCGGUGUCAGGGCUCCAUGUUAUUAAACAGCAUGCAGCAUCUUCAUUGGAUAGUCAACGAAUUACACUUUAUGCAAAUGUUGUCUAUGAUAAAGAUGGACAACGUGUUUCCAUUAUGGUGGAUACAGCAGAUGAAGCCAAAGGUUCAGAUGAAAACAAGGUGAUGCCUAUACAAGUGCCAAUACUUAUUUCAAAAUCAAAAAAAUGUGUCUUCCCACCUGAAGAUUAUACAAAAGCUGUAAAGAAUGUCUUUGUUCAUUGUGGAAGCAGUGAUCCAGUGGAACUCGGCAACUUUUUCUCAGUUCUUGGCAAAUGUUUUGACCAAAAAUGUGAGGGUGGUCUUCUUGAAACCUACCUUGAGUUUGAUGUCAUUACGGCAGUGACUCAAAUUAAAGUUGUCCCCAUCAACUCUGUUCCUAUUAUGUUGACUGCUCUUUCCAAGGAUUUGGCCAGUCCAAUGGGCUGGAGUAAUUUGCAUGGACAAUCACGGUCAGGAUACAUAACUAUGGACCAUGCUCGAAAAUUGGUACUUAUGGUAGAUUCAGAUCCUAAGAUAUUCACUUUGCCUCUUAUAGGAAUUUGGGUGAGCGGUGUUGAGUCUGUGUGCCACCCAUUUGUCUGGGCUAGCUGCCUUCGAUAUCUUUGUAAUAGUAAUUUACAACAACGAGUAUGUUUGCCUCCCAAUCCAUUUAUAUUGGUGCUUUACAGCCGACUGCAUACAAAGCCAGACUUUUAUGAAUGCAAUCCUCUGAAUGCAGAUGUAAAACUUCAUCAAAUGGAAAUCUACUGUGGUUUUAAGCCAGUCCAUUUGGGCUACACACAGGAUUUACUCACAGUAGAACUCAACCUUUUGAAAUAUGGCAUCAAGAAAGACAAAAUAGAUGCUGUUGCAAGUCGAAUGGUAAAAGCACCAGGGAGUAAAGUUGAACCUGUUUCCAGUUCUGAUGAGAUGAUGCCACGCAGUAUCCCUACCCCUCAUCAAUCAAAGAUUCCUGAAGCCAAAUUUGAUGUUCCAGAAGUGUCUAUAAUUUUCAGUGAUAGUGGAAACCAUCCCAACCAAACUGGAUCUAUGACUGUCUCCUGUCCAACCCUGACAACCAGCAACUUCCAGCAUCCGCCCACUUUACUUACUCCUGCUAAUUGUAGUUCAUAUACUCGAAUGGAAAACAGUGCAGUAGUUUCCACCACACCAUCAACAACCCACCAGCAAUUGCAGCAGGGUAACAAAUCUCUGCCUCUUGGAUAUCCAACCAGUCAAAAUCUCCAACUUAAGGGUUACAACAGUCAACCAACACCACACCCACCUUUGGCACAGAGUGCACAGCUGCGUGAUCUGAAAGCCCAGGUGCAACAGCUGAAAUUGUCUCAGACAUGCAAAUCUGUGAGUGACCCUAGCAGCCAAAGUACCAUCUCCACAGGUGUUGGAACCAGCCUUUGUGAUGAUACAGGACAAUCUUUGAAGAGCGAUAAACAGUCUACUGUUGCUGUGAAUACUUCAUUCCAGUAUCCAGCAAGGACACCAAGCCCUGUUGAAAAAGUUGCAACUGUUACAGUUAGCUUACAAACAUCUCCUGUGAAGUUUCUACCUUCUCAAUCAGAUCAACAUUCUCCAGUUAUCGAUUCAUCACAAAAAAAAAUAUUUCCAUUAACAAACAGUACAGAAUCCCGACCAUGGCAUUUCUCACAAAAUCAAAAUGGUUCCUUCUCAGCCACCAUGCCAGAUAUGUCUCAUGAAGACCUUUCAGCAGUGGCUCGACGUCUUUCUGUUGACCAAAGAUCUAUGGACAGCUUCCAGUCUGAAAUGGUUGUUGAUCUUCCAAGUUAUCAGACAUCUUUGUUUCGUUCAACAGAAUCUGCAAAUAUUGACAGACUGCCAUCAUUGUCUUCCUCUCACAGUCUGGUCAGUGCCAGCAUGUGUGCCAACAUGCAGCAUCAUACAGACAGUGAAAGAGAUACAGAUGAUGAUGAUGACACUGGUCACGGUAAUCCACAGGUUCUUCCUAACAAACCAGAGUGUUAUGAACAGCUUAUUAAUAAUGUAAAGCAACUGUUGCAACGAGAAGACCCUGAAGAAAAUGCUCCCCUACAAGAUACUGAAUCAGACAUGACAAAAGACUCUCCUGGUAAUGAAAAUUACCUUGCUAAUGAAACAAGCAGAAUAAGAGAUGAUAGUCUUUUAUUUGCAGAUGAAUCCUGUCACAGAUCUGAAUUGAAUUUGGUUGAUUGUACAUUUGUCCCCAAAAUCAAUUAUACAUCGAUGCUGCUGGACUCUGACACAGAAACUUCCUUAGAGAUAAAUUCUCUUGCAUUGAAAUACCUAAAAGAUGAUCAACUCACUCAGAUUGCCAAACUCCACAAGCAAGAGGCCUCCAGUGCAAGACCUCUCUGCCAGAAUGUUCUCCUUCGACAGAUCAUGCGGAAUAACCCAGAUACAAGUGGGGCAGAUAUCAGCAAGUAUGGCAUGUGUGUCAACAAUCUGACAUUUGCUACACGCAAAUACAUGGAGAAGCACCAUCUGAUUGAGUCAGAUUCAAAAAAUAACCAAAGAAUUAUUCAGGAUUCUACAGAGACAAAUUCUCUAUUACAGGAGUCUGAACAGGAUGGUAGCUAUCCCAAUAUAUUUGGUACACUCUCUCCUUCACCUCCAUUAGCCUGUCGCAACAACAAAGACCGACCUCAAGUUGCAGGACCCCUUGCUGGGGUAGCUGCUGGAACUGUUCUUCCUUGCAACCGCUUUCAGCCUCUGUCUAAGUCAACACCAGUGUUGAAGCCAUUUCCAAAGAUUGACUCUUCACCUAUGGAGAAUGUCUUUGUGCCAAUUCAAAGUCCUACAAAUGAAGAAUUGGACACAGAAAAUAGAAUUCUUGAUAUCGCGAAACUUAAACAACUUCCAAAAUUGUUAUAG